CAGAGGGGGCCAUGGCCGGCGGCGCGGGACGGCCGGGUCCUGGCCCGGGGGAGCCGCUGUGCUGCUGCGAGUACGUGGCCCGCGGCGGGGAGCGCGCGCACCUGGUGGCAGUGCUGUGCGACUGCCAAGAUCUGGACGAAGGCUGCGACAGGUUGCUGACGUGCAGAUCUCUGCCCCCGGGAAUGCUGGAACGAAUCGCAGACACUGUCUCAGACCGCUUCCGCAUCCCCUGGUUUACAGGGGCUGUAAAGGUCAAUGUCAGCCUCAUCCCCCCUCUGGUCUUGCUGCCCGUCUUCCUCCAUGUUGCAGCUUUGCACUUCCUGUUGGCUUUUGUCAUCCUGACAUCCCUUCCUAUCGUGGUGCUGUGGUACUACUACCUCACCCACAGGCGGAAGGAGCAGACUCUCUUCUUCUUAAGCCUGGGCCUGUUCUCCCUGGGCUACAUGUACUAUGUGUUCCUCCGGGAAGUGGUGCCCCAAGGCCACGUGCACCAUGCUCAGGUGGCUCUCCUUACCUGUGGGCUGGUUCUCAUGCUGGUGGCCUUGUCUCGAGCCAAGAGAGACCCUGGCUACCUUCCCAGCUGUACAAGCAAUGACAAAUCACCGUGUCAAGGCAGCACCAAGUUGCUAAGCAGGAAAGUCCUGGGCAUUGCCAAUGGGCUCCAGGGAGCAGCUGGGCCUGGUGUCCCCAGCAGCCGUGUUGUGAAUGGGGACACCAAGGGCUAUUCCCGAACACCUGCUGAGGGAUCCGCCGAGGCAAAGGAGGACUGGUGCCCCAAGUGCCAGGUGGUUCAGCCAGCCCGAGCUGGGCACUGCCGGCUGUGUGGCAGGUGUGUACGGAGACUGGACCAUCACUGUGUCUGGAUUAACAGCUGUGUCGGGGAGCAGAACCACCAAGCAUUCAUCCUCGUACUCUCCUUCUUCCUGCUCACUGCUGUGUAUGGGAUCAUGCUGACCCUGAACACCAUCUGCAGAGGCCAGGCCACAUUCUUGGCGCUGUUUUACUGCCCAGGGGUCUAUUCGGACUACAGCUCUGCUCUAUCGUUUACCUGUGUGUGGUACUGCACCAUUGUGACGUCUGGCAUGGGCUACAUCCUCCUCAUCCAGCUGCUGAACAUCAGCUACAACGUGACUGAGAGGGAAGCUCGGAUGGCUCUCCGGGACAACAGUGGGCGUCGGCUUUUGGGCGGGUUGGUGAUAGAUACGGGUCAAAUCAGCCAAAUCAGUUCCAAAACCUAUCAAUUGAGCAGAACUUGGGAGUUCAAAUCCACAUGGUGCCACCACCAGCAAGUAUCCUCCCUCUCAGGCUCAUCAACCUGGGGUUUCAGGUAAGUCCAAAGCCAUGGCACACAUCCUACAAGCAGGCCCAAGCCCAGAGGUCUUGGGGGUUCAGAUGUUCCUGAGUGUUGCUUGCCCUGAACCAAUGGCCCAAAGAAGCAAGCAAGAGGGAAAUCCCCCAGAUCCAUAGAAUAGGUGUGUAGCCAAGAUUGCUCAUGAGGGGGGGCCUGCCUGCCUGCCUGCCUGCAGCACAAGGACAGGUCUCCACCCUAUUCUCCAUAUACGUUCAGAGGUCAGGAAGAAGGGAAUCUUUCUUUCUAAUCACGGCAGGAAACCACCUGGACUGCUUUUUUUUUAAUUAAUAUAUUUUGUGUUCCUGGUCAAAUCAGCCAAAUCAUAUCGAUUGAGCAGAACUCAGUUGUUCCAAGAACCAGAUCAAUUCAGCAGGUGAAACUCAAUUGUUCAAAACACCAUGUAUGGUGCUACAACUGGCAAGCAUCCUCCAUCCCAGGCUGUCACCCUGGGACUUCAGAUACUCUUAACCCCAAUGGUGGGCAUCCUAUAUGCAGAUCCAAGCCUAGCAGUCUUGGGAUUCGGAUGCCUCCACUGGAUCACGGUAUCUCCCCUGCCAGGCACCCACUCUUGCAACUAGCUCAUGCCUCUCACCUCUUGCUGUGGCUCCAGCUCUUGGAGCCCAGUGAUGGCCAGCUCAGUGAGAGCUUUCCUAGCCUAACGGUAGACAAACGCUUGCAUCCUCACUGCUACAGAACAAAGCUAAAGACUGCAGGCGCUCCAGCCAGCCUGAGCCAUGCGGGGACCAGAAAGCAAAGGAGACACACCCCAGGGCGGGGGGGGGGGAGUCAUUGAAGACGGUGGGUUCCGCUAGGCUCUUGGUGGCUGGGGCAGGGGCUCAGCUGGGUAAAGCCAUGCCCAGGAGGGGUGGGAGUAGAGAGAUGCAGGUGCCCAUGCAGAGAGCCCCAAGGCUCCUCCACUGGACUGCAUUCCCCAGGGGAUGCAUGGGGGGGGGGGAUGAAAGGUGUUUUCUGAUUGGCCAACUGUGCCCCCGAUGCCCCCUGGAUGGACGGAGCCCCCUGAUUGGCCGCGACAGGGAGGGGGCGGGCGAACCCCAUUGUUGGAGGGGGAGGACCCCUCCAUAGGGGCCGCGAGAGGCUCGUGGAUGCUCGUGGGGAGUCACGGUUACCUUAGGC